GGGGACGAGGCGCUGGGGGGCUACGGAGCGCCGCCAGUAGGCAAGGGCGGCAAAGGCGAGAGCCGGCUCAAACGGCCAUCCGUGCUCAUUUCGGCGCUCACCUGGAAGCGCCUGGUGGCCGCGUCUGCCAAGAAGAAGAAAGGCAGCAAGAAGGUGACGCCCAAGCCAGCGUCCACUGGCCCGGACCCCUUGGUCCAGCAACGCAACCGAGAGAACCUACUCCAGCUGCUGCGCUGCCUGGGCGACUUCGUGUGCCGACGCUGCUACCGCCUCAAGGAGCUGAGCCCCGGCGAGCUGGUGGGCUGGUUCCGCGGAGUGGACCGCUCGCUGUUGCUGCAGGGCUGGCAAGACCAGGCCUUCAUUACGCCUGCCAACCUGGUGUUCGUGUACCUGCUGUGCCGCGAGUCGCUGCGCGGGGAUGAGUUGGCGUCGGCCGCCGAGCUGCAGGCUGCCUUCCUCACUUGCCUCUACCUCGCCUACUCCUACAUGGGCAACGAGAUCUCCUAUCCGCUCAAGCCCUUCCUCGUGGAGCCCGACAAGGAGCGCUUCUGGCAACGCUGCCUGCGCCUCAUCCAGCGGCUCAGCCCGCAGAUGCUGCGGCUCAACGCCGACCCCCACUUCUUCACGCAGGUCUUUCAAGACCUCAAGAAUGAGGGCGAGGCCGCCGCCGGCGCCGGGGGUCCACCCAGUGGGGGUGCGCCCGCGACCCCCGUCUCCUCCUCGGCCGCCAGGGACAGCUGCGCGACCGGAGCCAAGCACUGGACUAUGAACCUGGACCGCUAGGGAUACCCGACGGCCGCUCCUGCCCCCGCGCCAGCCCCUGACACACACUCGGAGCCCUGGAACCAUCAAGCUGCCGCCUCUGUAACCGCCGUUCCCGCCCCGGCCGGAGGAGGAGCCGCCCCUGCCCCGCCGGGGAAGGUGGAGGCCAGGAAGCCAGAGGCCGCGGCGUCUGGAUUUGCUGGGCGUAGGGUGGGGCUGAGGGAUGAACGCGGGAAGGGGACCCCCCUACCUCAACCUUUCUGUCUGCAUCCUCAUCUUUCCAACUCUGCCCAGGUCUCCCCCCUUUACCGUCUGUGUGUGUGUGUCUACAAGCCCAUCUUCCUCGAUUUUGUCCGUUUCCUCACUUUCUUCCUGUAUCUUCAUCUUUCCUCUUAUCUGCCUUUCCAUUUUACGUUCCUUGGGUGUGUCUUUCCGUCCCCAUCUCACCCCAUACCUAUUUCUCUUUGCCCCCAUUUCUCUUUCUGCACCUGUGUCCCCAUCGCCCAUCUUGUUCUCUUUUUCCUCCCUCUUGGCAUGUGUCACCACCUUCCUUCCUGUCUGCCUCCCCCACCCUGCCUGUGUCAGCUUGCAUUCAUUCCCCCGAAUGAGCCCCCACUCCUCCCUCCCCAAACCAAAAGGAACAUUAGUUCUUAAUUUGGAUGGACUGAGGUGUGGCGAGAAACUGCAUUCCCAGAGGCUCAGACAACUACCAGGAUGGUCCUUCACCCCACCCCCACCGCCUCUCUCUACCUUUCCAACGUGUUGCAUGCCGGGAGUUGGGGGGAGAGGGAUGCCGACUACAAGAGGCUGACCUUUGGGAGCAAACUCAACCCAGGAGGCCACCCCGGCGGCAGCGGUGCCUCAGUGGAAGGAUGGGAAGAGACAGAAACUCUUCUUACUUAGGGGGAGGGGCACCCUCUUCCUUAUCCUUAGGUGUUUUUUGUUUCCCCCUCUUUUAAUUUAUUCGGUUGUUUCUGGAGGGUGGGGGGAGGGAGGGUUGGGCAGGGAGCUGUCUGAGGUGCUGAUCUGAGGCCGGACUGGAAUCCUCUCGGGAGGGUACCAGGGACUGGGUUGGGCCUGGUGCGGAUCCAAGGUGCCAAUGAUGCGGGCCGACGGCGCGGGCCGCAUUGUCUCUCUGUCCGUCUGUCCGGAAGAUAACUAUAAAGCGCUUGAAGCGCCUGCAGAUGGUUUUGCGCCGGCCUUUCUUUGGGCCCCGGGAGGGAGGGAGCAGGAAUGGAGCUGCCACAAGCAGGGCAGGAGGCCCCCAGGGGCCUAGUGAGGAAGGUCUGGUCCCUGAGAACUGCUGCUCUUUGGUCCCAUUUACUUCUAUCCCCACCCCCACCUCCAUUUUGUCUGACCUAGCUCCUCAUUAAUGGCCGAUCCAUUUCUGGAUUAAAUGAUGAGGACAGCAGAAGUUGUCCCCCCUUUACAGAGUGGUCCAUUGAGGCAGAAAUAGCUUAUUAUUGUGGCUACUUUUCUCUGCCUUCAUCUCUCCCCACCAUAUAUCCCGUCAGGAGUCCAGGCAGACCUGAUUUAAGUCUGUGUUCACCACUCAGGUGGGGCCUGACUGCCACACGCAGCCUCACACGCUUCCCCUCACCCACUGGACUGCUUCAAGGCUGCUUCGGCCACACGCCUACCCAGAGCAGACUUGGGAGGACCAUCCCUGCUUGAGAUUCAGACCUGGCUCUUUAUCUCCAGGGAGGCUAGGACACAGGCAACCUGGGAGACGGGAGCCAUUGAUUGGGGUUGAAAGAGAAAUAACCUAUUUAGCCUGAGAUCCCUGUUUGGCCUCCCUUGCCUUCUUAGCCACAUGGCUAAGCGCUCCAUUCACUGUUUCAUUGGCCCAAGGAAGCCUGUCUCCAGUAAAAGCGCUGGCGUUUCUGACCCUAGUCGCCGGGAGAAUCCUGAGGGACAACUGGGCGAGGUCCUCAAGAAUGAGGCCCGCUGUCCGUGGUGCUGACCGGCUCACAGGGGCAGGAAGAGCCGGGUAGGGACCUGUAGGGGCAAGAGGAGUUUCGGAUUGGGUCUCAACUAGGUCUUUGGAAGUGGGGUGUGAUCUAUUCUGUUGGCGAGUUACAGGAGUCUGGCCCCAAACCCAGGAAUGCCGCUUCUACUUGCCCUCCUAAGAGGACAGACUUCGACUCUCCCCCAGCCUCUGCCAAGCACCCUUGGACCGGCCUGGAGCCGGAAAUCCCCAGUCCAGAUUUGUGAAUCGAGUUCCCGGGGGAGGGGGAGAGAACUGGCGGAAGGGAAGGCGGGAGCAGCCGCCCAUUGGCUGGAAUUUGGCGCAGUCAGCGCGGUGCCGUCAUCUCUCUUAGUUUGGAAGGAGGGAGGGAGGAGCACUUGGGUCACCCCGCGGCUGUCGCCAUAGUAACCAGACUGAGCGGAAGGGCGGGGCCACCUCUCUCUCCUCUCGUCUUCUAGCGGGGGAAACAGUCCUAAUCUUCCUUAUUUGGAACUAGUUAGCAAGACUACUUGAUUGGAGUUACUGCGUUAGGUAUUGCCCUUGAACCCAUUGACGGAGCACCCUCCCUGUAUUACACACACACACACACACACACACACACACACACACCCCCCCAGGAACCUGUGGUUUGGCACUUGGAGACCUAGAAUGAGAAAAAGUCUCAGUGUGUGGAGUCAAAUUAAAUCUCACUUUCUUUGCCGGGCCCCAAGGCAUGAGGCUUUGACAUAAUCCGAUUAGGGGUGAAGGACGGGAGGAGGAUCAGCAUGAAUGCAUGGAAGAAAUAGCCUUCUGGGUCAACUAGAUCAGACUCCUGUUUUCUGGGAGAGAAGGCAGUUGUAAGGUGAAGAGCUCAGAACUGUCUUCUGAGAAGGCAAGGUGAGAAGCAAGUAAGUUUAGAAACAGCGAAGUGCCUCCUUUUCACUGCCAAGAAGUGGACCUUGGGAAAGUGAGUCCAGGCUCAGGAAGGAGGUUUUGAAGAGGGCCCAGAGCUCUAGAGAGAGCCCAGCAGGGGGUGAGGAGUGGACUGAGGAAAAAAUGGAGAUGAAGAAUAGGAGACAGAAACCCAGCUGGAGCCAUGACUCAGCA